AUGGACAAGUCCAACAUAGUCUUACUGGGACCAUCAGGGAGCGGGAAAACCUACUUAACGCAGUCAAUGUGUGAUUGCACUACUCUGACACAAGCGGGAUAUGUCGGUGAAGAUGUGGAGACGGUGAUUCAGAAGUUGCUCUCCAACGCUCACGGUAGCGUCGAAAGAGCACAGCAAGGAAUUGUCUUUCUGGACGAAUUCGAUAAAAUUCACUCUUCAAGCGAUCCAGUUCACUCUGUCGGAAAUCGUGACGUGAGCGGAAGAGGUGUACAGCAAGCUCUUUUAAAACUCGUCGAAGGGACCGUAGCGAAGGUGAAAAUGCCCGGACAAAUGGGGCAUAAGGUUGACGUCGACACUACGAAUAUCCUGUUUAUCGCAUCUGGUGCAUUCUCGAAUCUUGAGCAGAUCGUGGCACGACGAAUUGACAAGCGAGUGCUCGGUUUUGGUGCAACAUUCGCUAACAUUGCUGAAGAUCUUGCUUCCACUGAUGAAUCGAUCGCUGCCGAAAAGCGUAACCAAGUGCUACAGCAAAUCGAUCAGUCGGAUCUGAUGCAGUUUGGAAUGGUGCCAGAAUUGGUUGGGCGCUUUCCAGUGCUCGUGCCAUUUCAUGCUCUGGACGAAAAGAUGUUGAUUCGAGUACUGCAGGAACCUCGUAACAGCCUUAUCUCUCAGGCACAGCGUUUCUUCGCAAUGGACAGUAUACAACUAAGAUUCACUCGAGGAGCGAUAAAUGAAUUAGCGCGACGAGCCGUUCAACGGAAAACUGGCGCCAGAGCUCUCAGGUCCAUUCUGGAAAGUGUUCUACUGCAACCGAAAUUCGAAUGUCCUGGAACAGGUGUUCACACCGUCGUUAUCACUGGUAGCACAGUACGGGGCGAAUCCGAUUAUUUGACAAUGUCAACUUCAUCAAACAAAAGCCCCGACAGCGUUGUACCGACAGAUUCAGCAAUAAUUGAAUGA